AUACUGUCCGCUUUGGCUGGAACCGAUGAAGACCCCGUUACGAUACAGCAGACACGCGACCGGCUGCGUAAAACGUCUCUCUACGAUAACUAUCCUCAUGUAUGUGUCGAGCCCUUUCCUGCACUACCCAUAAAUGUUCGUCUGCCCAGUCUACGUGGAAGUUGCACACGUGGGAAUACCACAGAUCAUUCCACCCGGAGCACAUCCAACAUCCUCAAACAAUACGUGGAGGAGGUGGACGAUGGUCUAAAGCAACGAUGGGCAAAACUCGAGGUGUUGCCGGAUACGGAAGGGACGGCGGCGUUGGCUCAGCUCGUACUUCACCAUACCGAUCCUCCAGAGUCGAAGAACAUCAGGAAGGUACAGUCGCUUUUGAAACCCUGUGUUGUUUUAUUAUCAUUCUAG